GGGAAACUCCCCGUGAACGUUGCUGAAGCGCUGCAGGGCAGCGUCACGUUAACGGGACUUCAUUAAAGUCAAACGACUAAAAGCAGCUGAGAAAUGGACGAUAAAGACGAAGAUCUCGGCGUGUUUGAUCCAAACAUACCAGAGGAGGGACCUUCAGCGCCCCCUCCUGGCUGGCUGGAUGACAUUCAUGGAUACCAGGGCCACAAAGGAGGAGAGGAUGAAAACCCUUUGUGUCCACCUCCCCCUGCCUACAACCCCCAACCUGAACUCAACAGGAACACUUUGGUGCCCAAUGUUAGGGUCCCCACAGUCUCUGAGGAUGUUGCCAGAGACGCCCUGCUCAAGUUUGUCGAAUCAAAAUGGAGGUACAGCUCAAAACCUGCCAGGAACCUCACCUUCAAAGAACUCAAACCCAUCACUGUGUACAGGUAUCGACUGGAGACCUACACCGAGACCAGAACCAGUGCCUGGCAGUUUGAACCCUACAAUGGACAGGUGGUCGACGGGCCUCAGUAUGGGAUGAGUCCUCCGCCGUGGGACAUUCCUGUGUCUGUGCCUCUGAGAUACACCGACGUGGUGGAGAAGGUCCGUGUGCCGCACUCAUCAUUGGUGAAGCCGUGUCACAAGUGCAACGGCUAUGGAAGGACUCGCUGUAUGAACUGCCAGGGUAGAGGCCAGAAGCGUUGUACGUUCUGCCACGGUCACGGCCGUUCCAGGAACAAGCGUUGCACCUCCUGUCAUGGGCGAGGUCGCAAAAGGUGUUUUUCCUGUCACGGCCAAGGUUACAGGACCUGCUCUGUUUGUCACGGCAGCCAAAACCUGCUGCAUUUCAUCCAGCUCACUGUCACAUGGAAGAACGACAUAGCUGAUUUCAUCCCAGACCGCCAGCCUGACUUCCCUGACAAGAAGUUUGAGAAGGUGACAGGAGAUCCUUUCUUCGUCGACGAGAAUGUUCUGGUAUACCCUAUCCAGGGUUUCCCCGAUGAGGAGAUCUGUGAUGUUUCUACAAAAAUGAUAAACGAACACCUGAAUCGCUUCGGAUCCACCAGCCGCAUCCUGCAACAGCGUCAGACCAUCGAGCUGGUGCCCCUGACUCACGCUUAUUACACUUACAGUGGAAAAGACUACAGCUUCUUCGUCUAUGGAAUGGAGAACAAAGUCUUUACUGCCAAAUAUCCCUCUGCGUGUACUAUUUUAUAAUUAACACUUAGACAUACAGUCGCAGGAAAACGUCUGUGAACCCUUUGCAAUUACGUGGACUUUACUGCAUAAAUUGGUCAUAAAAUGUGAUCUGAUCUUCAUCUGAGUCACAAAAAUAGACAAACACAGAGGGGGGGUGCUGCACAAAUAUAUGCUCCUCAAAUAUGAUUUUAAAUACGCCUAGUAAAAACAAUAGGAAAUCAAUAUGUGGCGGUCAGCGUUGAUAAUUAUCCCCAUGGGAAAUAUUUCACUACCACCCCCCUUCAGCAGCCAACAAGGCAGUCUCGGAGUUUCAGAUGUAGAAUUGUUUGCGGUUGAAAGCUUUUACAACAGUUUACAACAAACAACAAUGUUGUUUGCAUCUUAUACUGUGACACAAUAAUGGCAGCAGCUACUUAGAGCCUCUCGGUCUCCAUUCUUCCUUUAGCUUUUGGCUAUCAGCGGACAUGAACAACAAAGUCCGCUGCAGCUGAGCACGUAAAGUAUGGCGCGUUCAGUAACGCAGCGUUACUUGGAUUAGUAACUGUAAUAAUAUUACUGUUUUAGAAAAGUAAUCUGUUACACUACUAGUUACUGGGGAAAGUAAUGACUUCUCCUAAAGCUAAAUGGAGUCAGGAGCCAAUAACUGACACAAGAUUGGAGGUGUUGGUUAGAGCUGCCCUGCUAUUCUCAUGAAGCAUUGCCUGAUGUGAACUAUGCCUCGAAGAAAAGAGCUUUCAGAAGACCUAAGAUUCCAGGUAAUUCCAAAGUGUUGGACACUUUAUCCUGCGACUGUAUUGUUAACAUGUUUAUACGGCUCAUAUAGGUGGCACAAAGAGCACAGAGCUGAAACAACCAUUUAAUGCACCGACAUGUAUUCACUAAAUCUCUAUAGUAGUGAUAUUUAGAGAGCUGAAAAUAUCAAAUAUCAACCGUGGACUAGUGUUACAUCUGGCUACAUGUUGGUCAGUCAGUUUGUUCAGACUGGAACUUUUUUUCUGUGCUCACAAAGUAAUGUUGUGUGCCAACAUGUUUCUAAAGAUAAAGAUGAGCUUUCUGUCACAGUAAUCAUCUGUAGAACUGAUAAAUUCACAGUUUGUUCAGAAGAAUUUGAUGCUGGGCUCAUCUUUCCAGCCUGUUUAUGAAAAAUGUUUUUGUAUGUUUGAGUGAAAUGUUUUUAUUCCUUUCAGCUCAGGUUUCUAUGCAUUCCAUUUAAUAUGUACAACGAUCCAUCCAGCAGCUGCUAUUUCAGUUUACAUGUGCAGCAAAUAUUCAUUCAUUUUGUCUGACCUCUUAUGUUUUCAGCUGUUUGUUUAAGGAUUUUACCAUGUUGAAUAUUUUAUAUGUAAAAAAACAAAACAAAAACUAGGUAACUAACCAAACUUCCACUUUUAAAGAGCCUUUUUUUUUUUCUUUUUUUACAAACCUCUGCACACUUUCUGUUGAGUGUGUCAUGUAAUCCAGUUACAUCUGUUUAUUGCCUGUUAUUAUAUAGCAUCAUUAAACCUGUGGAAUGUAUUCAGUAAACAUGUUACAAAUAAAGGUCUUUCAUGUUAUCAUCACCUGUAA